AUGAAAGUCAUUCUGCUGAUUUCACUUCUCCUUGUUGUUGAUGUGUUCUCGUUGAACAAAACCUGGACUACCGACAAUUUUGACACCGGCGUUGAGGGAAACGAAACAAAGGAAGAAGCAAGAAAGAGCGUUGGUAUGAAAGAACAUAAACUAAACCCUUUUGUUCUAGCUGGAAUUUCGGCGGGCAUCCGUGGGCUUGUUGGUGGAGUCUUCGAUUUCUUUCGUAAGAAGAAAGAAGGAUCAUAA